CCCAGGUCUGCAGCCAGCUCCAAGCGGAGCCCAGAAACCCCUAAGACUGACAGCGGAGCCAGAGGAGGAGCUCGUAGUCCGGGCAAGGCGCGCAGAGCUGGGAGCGGCGGCGGGAGAGCGGAACUUUGCACUGCCCUUCGCUGCUCCUGUGCUCGCCCAGCACUUCUCAAGAGGGUCCCGGCAGACGGGGUCAGUGCGUGCGCUACGGACGAGCGCCCGGGCGCACCGGGAAGAUGAUGAUGAUGUCCCUGAACAGCAAGCAGGCGUUCAGCAUGCCGCACGGCGGCAGCCUGCACGUGGAGCCCAAGUACUCGGCACUGCACAGCGCCUCGCCCGGGUCCUCCGCGCCCGCGGCGCCCUCCGCUAGCUCCCCUAGCAGCUCGAGCAAUGCUGGCGGCGGUGGUGGCAGUGGCGGGGGCGGUGGAGGCCGUAGCAGCAGCUCCAGUAGCAGUGGCAGCAGCGGCAGCAGCGGCGGGGGCUCCGAGGCGAUGCGGAGAGCGUGUCUUCCAACCCCACCGAGCAAUAUAUUCGGCGGGCUGGAUGAGAGUCUGCUGGCCCGCGCCGAAGCUCUGGCGGCCGUGGACAUCGUCUCCCAGAGCAAGAGCCACCAUCACCACCCGCCCCACCACAGCCCCUUCAAGCCGGACGCUACCUACCACACCAUGAACACCAUCCCGUGCACUUCGGCUGCCUCUUCUUCGUCGGUGCCCAUCUCGCACCCGUCCGCACUGGCGGGCACGCAUCACCACCACCACCAUCAUCACCACCACCACCAUCAGCCGCAUCAGGCGCUGGAGGGCGAGCUGCUGGAGCACCUGAGUCCCGGUCUGGCCCUGGGUGCCAUGGCUGGCCCCGACGGCGCCGUAGUGUCCACGCCAACUCAUGCACCGCACAUGGCUACCAUGAACCCCAUGCACCAAGCAGCGCUCAGCAUGGCCCACGCGCAUGGGCUGCCCUCACACAUGGGCUGCAUGAGCGACGUGGACGCCGACCCCCGGGACCUGGAGGCAUUCGCCGAGCGCUUCAAGCAGCGACGCAUCAAGCUGGGGGUGACCCAGGCCGAUGUGGGCUCCGCACUAGCCAACCUCAAGAUCCCUGGUGUGGGCUCGCUUAGCCAGAGCACCAUCUGCAGGUUCGAAUCCCUUACGUUGUCGCACAACAAUAUGAUCGCGCUCAAACCCAUCCUGCAAGCGUGGCUCGAAGAGGCCGAGAAGUCCCACCGAGAGAAGCUCACCAAGCCGGAGCUCUUCAACGGCGCGGAGAAGAAGCGCAAGCGCACGUCUAUCGCUGCCCCAGAGAAACGUUCUCUUGAAGCCUACUUCGCCAUCCAGCCGCGGCCCUCCUCCGAGAAGAUCGCCGCCAUCGCGGAGAAGCUGGACCUUAAGAAAAACGUGGUGCGCGUCUGGUUCUGCAACCAGAGGCAGAAACAGAAAAGAAUGAAAUAUUCUGCGGGCAUUUAGGAGACCCUUGGCCUCUCCAGGGACAUCCCCUCCUCGUCCCCUCUUUUCCCUCCCUCUCUCUCUCCUGCCUCUUUUCUUUCCACUUUUGGCUACCAGAAACAAUUCCAGUAAAUGUGAAUCCAGAGAAAGCGAGGAUUGGAGAACGAGCAAAGGAGCGAGCAAAUGAGCCCAAGCCCAGUGAGAAUGUGAAACGAUUUCUCAAGGAAAAACAAAACAAAACAAAACAAAACAAAACAAAACAAAACAAAAGAAGGGAUUUGUCAAGUUGUAGCAAAGUUAUUCCUUUUAACCCCACCCUAUCCGGAAAAGGCACCUCGGCUUCUUCACAGGAAGUCUGGAGCUGGCUGUUUGCAGGAAGGCAGACGAGACAGCGUUUUAAAAAGGCCCCCAAAAUGAUCAAGUAAGAUUUGUUUUUAUUCCUAAAGACAUCACCCUUGUUCAAGUUUAAAAGUACACUUUGCAGCUAUUUUUCAGAAAUAGAAAUCGAUUCAGGACUGAAACUUUAAACUAGAGUUGAUGCUUAAUGUGAUAGAGACAUCUCUAAAGUAUUUUGAAUUUUAAAAAAGAUGGCAGAUUUUCUGCAUUUACACUGUAUAUUAUAUAUAUAUUUUUAUUGUGGUUCUUACCCCCUUCUUCCUUCUCUAAAGUGUUAAUGCUUAAGAAAGGAGUUGCGCCUGCUGUGUUCACUGAUCUUGAAAGCUAUUAUUAGAUUAUUGCGAACAACCCUCUGUAAAUUAUUAAUUUAUCUCUCUAGCAACUUAAUUUGUGCACAUUCUAAUUAAUUAAACUUAUUUAGUCUAAAAAUGGGGGAAACGUAUGGCUCGUGGAGUUAAACAAUUUUAUGUUUGAUGAGUUUACUGAAUUUUUAUGGCUUUCCUCUUAUACUGUGUUCCUUUUGGCCCAUUUGUAUAUUCUCACUUUGAAUGAAGAUUGUUUUUCCUUUGUUUUUACUGGUAGUGUUCUGGUUUGUGAGUCGACACUCAGUAAUGGAUGUCUUAAUCGUGUAGACUUGAUUCACUGUCCAAAGUAUUGUUUACUUCGUUACAUAUUUAAUGGGGAUUCCCACAUUGUCCCCACUACACACGCGCGCUCUCACUCACCCUUACACACACACACACACACACACACACACACACACACACCUCUAAUGGAAGAGAAGAAGUGAAGCAGUUGGAAGCAUGACUAUGAUGCAUCAUUUUCUAGCUUUAGGUGCAUUUGUUCACUUGGUGUUUGCCUUUCCAGAUUCUACGAUUUCACCAAGGUAUCUCAAUCUUCUUGCUUUCAAUUGCUUUGUUGGCUACAUUUUAACAUUUACAAGAAUCCUUCGGUUUUUCCUUUUGGAGGUUUGUUUGUAGAAAAACUAAUUUAAACUAUAAGAAAGACAGUGCACUGCUUGUAAAUUCACAUUGUUUGGUAGAAUUCUUUUGGAACAAAAAAUAAUUAGGUACAUGGUGAUUGGUACCUUAUCUAUUGUAAAUAUCCCAUUCAAAAUGAUGCACAUAUAGAUAUAUUCUUACAAAUUUUGCUGUAUUGCUGUUCCAUUUGAGGCUCUCUGAAGUCUUGAGUUCUGUAUAUGACCUGGUUUCUUGUUUUUGUUUUGUUUUGUUUGUUAAUAGAUGGUUUAUUUACUAUGGUAAUGUAUUAAGUUAUUUUUGGUGUUGUUUGAUUGUCUUUCAUUGAAAAGAUGAUUUUAAUGUUUUAUUGGCAAAGUAUGCUGCUUUUUUCAUUAAAAUAUACUAUUAAAAUUAAAUGGCUUUUAAAAUGUGA